AUGACGGUCCCUGGCAUGAAAUACUCGCUCAUUCCCAAGGCCAACAAGAAGGCGAUCUACGAAUACCUCUUCAAAGAGGGUGUGAUCGUCGUCCAGAAGAAUGGCAAGAUCGAGCGCCACCCCGAGGUCCCCGUCCCGAACCUCCACGUGAUGAUGACUCUCCGUUCGCUGCACACCAAGAAGUUCGUUGAGGAGAAAUUCAACUGGCAGCACCACUACUACUUCUUGACCAACGAGGGAAUCGAAUACCUCCGCACCUACCUCCACCUUCCCCCGACUGUCUUCCCCUCCACCCUCACCAAGAAGGGCACUGGGCGACCGACUCGAGGCGCAGGCGCUGAGGGCAUGGCUGGCGAAGGUGCUGACAUGAGCGGAGACUGGCGCCCGCGCGGAGGCUUUGGCCGUGGUCGUGGCCGCAUGGGCGACCGCCCUGAACGGGGUGACAGACCCCCGCGUUACGCAUAA